GUGAGGAGGGGCGAAGGUGGCCCGUCGGCACGAGCGCAGACAGCAAGGAACAGCUGCAGAGAGGCUCUCGUUCAUUGAAUUGCACCGCAUAGCUCAUACAAUAUUACUGUUUUUCCCCAAAAAACAAAUAAUAUCGUCCAAAUCAUAACCAUACAACAUGGUUGACCGCGAGCAGCUGGUUCAAAAAGCCAGGCUGGCUGAGCAGGCAGAGAGAUAUGAUGAUAUGGCAGCAGCUAUGAAAUCGGUAACCGAGUUGAACGAGGCCUUGUCCAACGAAGAGAGGAACCUCUUGUCCGUCGCUUACAAGAAUGUCGUAGGAGCUCGGCGCUCAUCCUGGAGGGUCAUCUCCAGCAUCGAGCAGAAGACAUCCGCGGAUGGCAACGAGAAGAAGAUCGAGAUGGUAAGGGCCUACCGUGAGAAGAUUGAGAAGGAGCUGGAGGCCGUGUGCCAAGACGUGCUCAACCUGUUGGAUAACUUCCUGAUCAAGAACUGCAGCGACACCCAGCACGAGAGCAAGGUCUUCUACCUGAAGAUGAAGGGAGACUAUUACCGUUACUUGGCCGAGGUGGCCACGGGCGAGAAGCGCUCCACCGUGGUGGAAUCCUCUGAGAAGGCCUACAACGAGGCUCACGAGAUCAGCAAAGAGCAUAUGCAGCCCACUCACCCCAUCCGGCUGGGAUUGGCCCUCAACUACUCGGUCUUCUACUACGAGAUCCAGAACGCUCCGGAGCAGGCCUGUCAUCUCGCCAAGACGGCCUUCGACGACGCCAUCGCCGAACUCGACACCCUCAAUGAGGACUCCUACAAAGACUCAACCCUCAUCAUGCAGCUCCUCCGAGACAACUUAACACUGUGGACGAGUGACCAGCAAGAUGAUGAGGGUGGGGAGGGCAACAAUUAAAAGUUGACAAGUUCUCAAUUUAGAAACAUAAAAAUGGCUGGUGGACUUUGGCAGCAGCUUUUGCCAUGGUUUCCUCUGCAGCAGCAGUUCUUUAUUUUUCCACGAGUUAAAAGAAAAAAAAAUAUCAAGGGUGGUAAAGGGGGGGCUGAAGUCCUAGUUUGAAUAUAUACAGAAAUAUAUAUAGUUGAAUGGGCCUCCCUCUUCUUGGUUCUCUUUGACAUUUGCCAAAACCACUGAAAUGUCAGUCAAUCAGCCGGAAACGGUCGUUGUUGGUUGGGAAUGGCAGCCUCACACUGGCAUAUGGACUGAUGUAUUUCAAAGGGAUGCUGCUUAUUUAUGUUUUGGGUAGUAGAAAAGCAUUUCAAAAAGAGGGUACGGUGGCGUUCGAAGAGUAAAAAUAGUAUUAAAUGGUUCCAGUAUUAGUCACGAGUUGAUCUGUUUGAAUCAUCCUGUAUGCGCUCAAUUAACUGAACUGGGAAUUCGAUUUAAAUAGCUAUUAGAUGGAAGUGCGUUGAAUAAAAUUGUGUUCUUUUGAAUGCACCAAAACAGGUAAAGUUUAGUCAUUGUCAUAUAUUCAUCACAGUCGGAUACUACUGGAACCAUUGACUUUUUUGAAGGACAGGCUGGGGAAAAGGCAGAGACUGAUCUGGUUU